CUAACAGGAUGUCUCCAUAUGACCUGGUUCCCUUGUGUUUAUAGUAGGCACUACUUCAUCUAAUAAUCUAAUCCUGCCUAUAUAUAACGUAUGGCUUAAGUAAGGGACGACCUUCAGAAGUUCAGACUCAGCUCGAUGUUUUUAUAUAAAGUUACUACCAUAUAUUCUAGAUCGAGACAGUUAAAUCGUACAUCCACCCGAUUACGAGGCUCGUCAUAAUAUCCCCCUUUAUCAGAAAUCUCGCUACUUCUUUCCUACAAGAUGAAACCCACUUCGCUAUUCUCUCCCCUAUCUACCACCCUCCUCCUCGGAAAGAUCAACCCGAUCUACGCGGCGGUUUUCCCCCGUGACGAUGCAUCCACGAUAGCCAACUUCGGCAGGAUAGGCAUCUGCAUGUCGUACUUCACAACCGGUCCCACGGACAAGGAGCUCGCUCCAUGCAUGACCUGGUGUCCCACCCAAAAUGCGAAUCAAGACCCCAACGCCGUCGGAUGUCAAGGCCCCGGCGUCCCGCAAAGCCAGAUCGACCCAAGCACGAUCCAAAAAGACGACGACGGGAACCUAUGGACCCCGGGCACCUGCGUGUGCAACCUGCCCGUCGCGGGCGCGAUCCUCGACGUCGUCAUCCAGGGCCUGUCGCAGCUGGACAACGUCAUCUGCGCCGUCAUGCUGACGGCCGUCGUCACCCUCGUCGAGGAAGGCAUCGACAAGGUGCCCGGCGGCUCCUCGAUUGAAGCGGUCGAGAAAGCCGUCGAGGGCGCCAAGACGUUCGUUGAGAACGGGCUGGACGCCGUGUCCUUCUUUGGCGACUGGAUCGGCAAGAGUUGUGGUGUUUCGGAUUUCAAUUUUAACUUGGAUGAUAUCUUUGAUGGCUUGAGCGGCGAGCCGGACUCGCUUGGCGAAAGUAAGGGGUGUUUUAAGGCGAAUAAGAUUUGCGCGGCACCAAAGACGCGUUGAUGAAAGACGGUGGUUAUGAAUAGAGCAUUGGCGGAGUAUGGUUGGUAGCUGGCUACAUUCGGAAAUAGGGGCAUAUGAGGCAUGGCAUUGGCUGACGGAGUUUAGUGAUAUUAGUUGUAUUCAUUCGUUAUAUGUGAUAUCUGCAUUGGGAAGGAAUUGGUAUUGUCAGGGGUUUGCACAGGUAGAUUUAAGGGGCUAAGGGGUUAUUCUAACCAACAAGAGAUAUAGCCAUCUUUCAUUCAUUACAUGUACAUAAGAGGGGAAAAACAUAACAGAUUCAAGU